UUAGUGCAAGAAAAUGAAUUUACAGCGAGCUUUCGCUUCUGUUGCGCGGGAGAAGCGACUUUGCCUUUAAAUGGAUCGACGACGUCAGGGGAGGCAAUCCGUAGCAGGGGUGCAGUUUAGGGCACAGCACCGGCUCUGUAAGCUUUUUAUUUGACUUGUUCAAUAACCAGGCAUAUAUGAAUAAGGGUGUCAGACUUCCGCUCUCAGUCAAUAGUGGUACGGUGGAUAAAGUGCUAAACUCUCAAAUGUAACGUCAAAAGCUCUAAUGAGGAGAUUGAAGGUUCGGGCAGUUCAUUUCAGUAGCUUCCAUAGCUGGUCAGUCAGGUAGCGUCAGUCUAGAAGGUUCGAGCGCGGCAAGGUGAUUCCUGGACCUUCGGACUGAGUACGUCCGAUCUGAUGGUGAUAGUGGCUGGCGAGAAUAUCCACACGUAUAAACGGAAAGGUGCAUUAUGUAACUAAGUGAACUUGGCUCUGUACUGGGCCCAUUACGCUUUGGAAAAACUUCCCCACCCCUUUACUUAAUUGACAACCAUGGACAUUGCCACCGUUUAUUUACCAAGGUUAGCCUCAAACCCAUUUUUGAUCGUUUUAAAUUGCUAGUCCGGAACUAGAGUCCGUAAUGAACUACAAAUACUACAAUGCCCGGAACAAUUGGAAUCUACCAUUGCCUUGCGUUCGUUUUCGGAGGGGGGGUGAUUUAAAUAAUAUUUUUAAAAUAUAAUAGUUAAGUAAAUUGCGAUAGUAGCUGGUUUUUCAUGUUUUGACAAAUACAAUUACUGUACAAUAUGUCGUGUACAUGUUGUUUUGUGAUUCUUAGAAACAAACAUGCACAGGGGACGUGGAUCCACGGUGUCCCCCUCCUAACUUUUAAUAACUGUUAAUAUCUGUAUCCUCCUGAAAAAGCAGCAUAUGUCUACCAGCACAAGGAAUGCUGGACAUAACAGCAUAUGCUGUGCUUCGGUACUGGUAGAGCAGCAUCAUUAAUAAAAUAUUGCUGGUGGUACAGCUUCAUUUGCCGGUAGACCAGCAGGGUUAUACUGGUUCACCAGUUACAUCAACACCAAACCAGCAUUGACCACCAUAGAUUGCUGUUUUUCAGGAAGGGCGUCAGCUGGGUUUAUUAAAUAACAGAAACCCCAUUUAAACCCCUUAUAAAGGUGCGAUCAGCCAGAGCCGCAGCUGAUGCAGAUACCCGGCGGAAAGCGGCGCAAAUGACUGGAAAAUAUUCCACCUGCUUCGCAAACAUGAUCGCUACGGGAUGCUUAGUCUUUGCUUUCUCUGUAAUUUCAGUGUCUUCGCACCCGGUGUCCCCAGGUUUUAUGGGGAAACCAGUCUCCACGGUAAAUCAUCCCGAUCCCUCUGUGUCACGCACUCAAGAGGUGAUGAAGUGCAUCGUUGAGGUGCUCACCGACACCUUGUCAAAGCCCCAGCCCAUCGCUGUCAGGAAGGAGUGCCUGGACGUUCUCUCCAGAGACGAAACAGUUGUUUCAGUCUUGCAGCACAAGAACUUCCUCCAGGAACUGCAGGAGUUUGCCACCCAAGGUGUCAGCGAGGCAUCUCGGCAGCAGCUGCUAUUGGCCGGUGGAAAGCAGGUGACCAGCGAACUAGGAGAUCAGAUGGCUGUGGAACCAACUGCAGACCAAGCCGUACCGGAGGACCUAGGAGUGCAGGAUUCAGAGAGAGGAGGCGUGGCCAGGAGACACGAGGAGGGGCUACAGUGGAAGGUGGAUCCACAAGUGGGUGACAUGAUAAGGGACACAGAAGGCCACAAGGAAGACGAGGACAAGGAGGAGCACCAGAAGGCUGAGCUGAACAGGGAGAAGAGUGUGUCCUUGAGCUGGGAGGAGGAUGAGGAGAGCAGAAUGACAGGAGAGAACCCAGAGAACGAAAAAAGCCAGGCUAGUGAUUCAGGAGAGGAGCACAGCAUCAAAGUGAACCGAGGGAACAAGGCUGGUCCAGAAAUGGAAUUAGAGCUGACAGAGGUGCGAGCCAUGGAGGAAGACCCAGAAGAGAAAGAGAGCACAGAUAGUGAGGAGGAGGUGGAGACAAGGCUGGACCAAGAAGUGCUUCUGCAGGCGGUCAAGGCGGAAAGUGGAAGGUGGGCGGGGCAAGGGGAUGUGGAGGAGGAUGACGAUGCAAAGGCAGACCCAAGGCGAGAGAUCAGCGUUAUAGAGGACAGUCUUCUUCAAACCAAAGAGGUAGCACGAAGGAGCCCUGAGGAGCAAGAGCUCCCCCUGGUGGCUUGGGCGGAGACUGAAGAGGGCAGCGCCAGCCAGAGGACAGAGGACAGUGAGAUAGACGUCUGGCAGCCAUUGAGACCGAGUUCGGCAGCCUGAACCAGCAGCUCCACCGAUUCCAGAUGGGCUGAGCAGAGCCUGUUGCCAACAAUUUGACAAAGAAUUACAUGCUGUGUGAAAAUGAAGGAAACUGAAUCACAAUAAAUGACACAGACUGUUGGUGAAUUCCUCUUGGGUAAUAAUGCAGGGUAGUCGUCAGGCUAUUGUAAAACACCCAAACCUCCCCCAUCACUCACCAAGCCGCAUAUUAACACAUAAAGUAUUAAUAAAGUAUCACGAUACUGGUCCCCUGA